AUGCCACCCAAAAUUAAGAAAAAUUAGUAGGAAUUUGCUCAACAGUGUGAUAGAAGAAUCGAGGCAGCUGAAACUCGAAGCCGCUCUUGCGAUUUUACAAGUUCAUACGAAGUUGAGGAGAGUACCAGAGUAGAUUCAUCUAUGGCGCAGCUCCCAAUUCUCCAAUUCGAGGAGAAAAUCAUCGAAACAGUGGAGAAGAAUCAAGUGGUAGUUAUAAUUGGAGAGACAGGCUCAGGGAAGAGCACUCAGCUCUCUCAAAUGCUCCACCGGAGAGGAUACACGAAGUCCGGUAUUAUCGGCGUCACUCAGCCUCGCCGAGUUGCCGCCGUUUCUGUUGCUCGACGAGUUGCAGAGGAGCUUGACGUUCAACUUGGCGAGGAAGUUGGAUAUGCCAUUCGUUUUGAGGACAGAACUUCAGAAAGAACUCGAAUCAAAUAUCUCACUGAUGGAGUCCUCCUUCGCGAAAGUCUUUCUGAUCCCGAGCUCGGUCAAUAUUCAGUGAUCAUAUUGGAUGAGGCUCACGAGAGAAGCUUGAAUACAGACAUAUUGAUGGGGCUGAUGAAACGUUUAAUUAGAAUGCGUAGUUCCAACUUGAAGGUUCUUAUCACUUCAGCAACCCUUGAUGGGGACAAAGUAUCGAAAUUCUUUUUCGAUUGCCCUUUGCUGACAGUUCCUGGAAAGUUGUAUCCUGUUGAGAUAUUGUAUAGCAAUGAACGUCCAAAGAGCUACCUUGAAUCAUGUCUAAAAACGGCUAUCGAUAUACAUACCAAAGAACCAGAAGGGGAUGUUCUCAUUUUCAUGACUGGGCAGGAUGAUAUAGAGAAGUUAGUGUCAAAGUUGGAGGAAAAAGUUUAUAAUCUGGAAGAAGGAUCUUGCAUGGAUGCUGUAGUUCUUCCCCUUCAUGGUUCAUUGCCACCAGAACUGCAGGUGCGUGUAUUCAGUCGUCCACCACCAAAUUGUAGGAGAUUUAUUGCAGCAACCAAUAUUGCUGAAACUUCUUUGACUGUUGAUGGUGUUGUGUAUGUCAUCGAUUCUGGUUAUGUCAAGCAACGGCAAUACAACCCAUCAACUGGCAUGUACUCCCUCGACGUUGUACAAAUUAGCAAAGUGCAGGCAAAUCAACGUGCUGGGAGAGCUGGAAGAACACGUCCAGGGAAGUGCUAUAGGCUGUACACUUCCAUGGAUUAUCAAGAGGACUUAUUGGAUGUAACAGUUCCUGAAAUACAACGAUCUUCUCUUGCUGGCAGUGUUCUUUAUUUGAAAUCAUUAGACCUUCCAGAUAUUGAUAUUCUCAGAUUUGAUUUUCUUGAUCCACCUACCUCUGAAUCUUUAGAAGAUGCAUUGAAGCAGCUAUAUCUUAUUGACGCUAUUGAUGAAAAUGGAUCUAUUACUAAAAUUGGGCAAACAAUGGCUGAGCUUCCACUAGAACCUUCACUCUCACGAACCUUGAUAGAGGCAAAUGAGUAUGGUUGUAUAUCCCAUGCUUUGACUGUUGCUGCAAUGUUAUCAGCAGAGACGACAUUGCUUCCUGGUCGCAGAAAGAAUGCUGAUAAGAAGAGGAAGCACAGGUCCUUGGACCUUCCUGAUGGCUCUGGCUGGGGUGACCACAUCCAAUUACUACAGAUAUUUGAGCUUUGGGAUCAAGAGAAUUACGAUGUUAACUGGUGCAAAGACCGCGAAUUACAGGUAAGAGGGAUGUUGUUUGUCAAAGACGUACGAAAACAGCUCUGUCAAAUAAUGCAGAAAAUAGCCAAAGGAUCAUUAGACGUAUGGACAUCCAGAAACCAAAAGGAAAGCCGGGCAGAGUACUGGAAUUUGAGGAAGGCUUUAUGUGUUGGUUAUGCCAAUCAACUUGCAGAGAGAAUGAUUCAUCACAAUGGCUAUCGAACCCUUAGUUUUAAGCCCCAAGUCGUUCAGGUGCAUCCCUCGUCUGUUAUUAAGCCAGAUGAAGAUGGGAAAUUUGCUGACUAUGUUGUGUACCAUGAGCUGAUUACAACAUCAAGACCCUUUAUGCGCAAUGUAUGUGCCGUACAGGUUGAAUGGGUUAUGCCCAUUUUAAACAAGGUUAAGAAUCUAAAUGUAAAUAAAUUAAGUGGUGGCAGUGCUGAUCUUACGAGUGAGCCAAUGGAGGGAAACGUUAAAGACUCCCUGAAGAAAGAGGAUGGUGGCACCACACCAACUCUUGAUGGCCAUGAUAACAAAAUUCAGGCUGCUCGAGAACGAUUUCUUGCACGGAAAGGGAAAAAGUGAUACUAUGUGAUCAAACAGUAGAAUUGAUACAUGCUGGUGAGUUAUUUCUUGAACAUUGUGGAGCUUAGGAAACAUGAGUAAAUUGAUUAUACUUGUGUCAGCUUACUUCACUCACUCAUAGUGAUUCCCUAUCUUAUAGCUAACAGAGCCCGAAGAAACUUAGGUCACUUAAAGAUUUGUAGUCAAGAGAGCUCAUCUUAGAUUCAUUAGGGUAAUCUAAGGUGGGACGUGAUCGUAAUUUUAAUUUUUAGUGAUAUAAACCGUUCUUCA